GGGCCAGAUAAAGAUCAGUUCCUGGCAGCUCCAGCCCUGCCUGCCUUCCUGAGUUCUCUCCCAGAGCAAAGGCCACUGAGCCUCGGAAUCGGCCUUUGCUCUGAUAUUUUUUUAAGUCUUCCUGGACUUUGUCUACCUUACAAGGAAAGUCAGCAUUGCAAAGUGCAACAGCGUUUCUGGCGUCCCCUCCUUCUCUACAAAUAGUGCCGUGAACCAGAACAUCCGACCGCGAGCAAGAUGGCAGGGAACUCAAUCCUGCUGGCUGCUGUCUCUCUUCUUUCUGCCUGUCAGCAAAAUUAUUUUGCUUUCCGGGUUGGAAGGGCAAGAAUGAAACACAAAAUUAUGCCCCCAGCAGUCACUGGGUCACUGGAGUUUGAGAGAGUGUUUCGUGCACAACAAAACUGUGCGGAAUUUUAUCCCAUAUUCUUGACUGCAUUGUGGGUGGCUGGAUGGUAUUUCAACCAAGUUGUUGCUGCUUGCCUGGGUCUGGUUUACAUCUUUGCCCGUCAGAAGUACUUCUUUGGAUAUUCGGAAGCUGUUAAAAAAAGGAUGACUGGCUUCCUACUGAGCCUGGGGGUGCUGGCUCUGUUGGCUCUCCUAGGCGCCCUGGGGAUUGCAAGCAGCUUUCUGGAUGAAUACCUGGACAUCGAUGUCGCCAAGAAGCUGGGGUGGCACUUCUGAUUGCUCCUUUUCACUUUACUGUAAUACCUGCACCUUGGUGUCAUUACUGAAGGUACUAUGGUGUCACUGGUCAAUUAAAAAAAAUUAAAAUCUUUUUAAAAAGUG